AUGUCAGACGACGAAAAGAAAUUCAGAUCAAAGUUAUACACAAAAACAGGUGAUAAAGGAACAUCAGCCUUGUAUAAUGGUGAAAGACGUCCAAAAAAUGAUACCUUUUUCCAUUCUUUAGGUUCAAUAGAUGAACUUUCAGCUUGUAUUGGUGUUGCAUUAGAAUACUGUUUAAUUGAUAAAAAUGGAUUAGAACCAUACUUGGAAAGAAUAGUUGGUGUUAUGCUUGAUAUUGGUGCUUGUAUUGCAACUCCAUUGGAUAAUUCACAAGAAAAACAUAUUAAGAAAACUAAAUUAGAUGAUAGAAAAUAUGUUGAAACUUUAGAAAGAUGGAUUGAUACAAUUGAUUCUCAAUUACCACCAUUAAAAUUCUUUAUUAUCCCUUGUAAUGUAGGUUUAGCUAGUUCUCAUUUACAUGUUGCAAGAUCAUUCUCAUUGGUUCCUGAAGUAGUCGGAAUUUUUAUCAACAGAUUAAGUGAUUUCCUUUUUGCUGCAGCUCGUUUCGCCGCUAUGAAGAGUGGUAAAGAUGAAGCUUAUUGGACAAGUAAAGGUGUUACUUUUGAUGAUAUUUAA